UUUAGCUGGAUAUCAGAGUCACUCAGGCCUCCACAGCAUGAAGAAAUCUCUGCUAACUGUCAGUUCAUCCUCCCUGUUAAUCCUGUUCUUGUCUUUGUCACAUAUAAGAUGUGAGCAGCCAGUAAACUGCAUAUGGGGCAUGUACGGAGAGUGGUCGGAGUGUGAUGGCUGUAGCAAAUUACAGGUUAGAACUCGCUCUAUACAAGUUUUCCCUCAGUUCGGUGGCAGUGUUUGCACAGGAGAGGCCGUUCAAAAACAAGCAUGUGUCCCUACCAAAAGCUGUCCCCUGGAAGCAGGAUGUGGAAAUCGUUUUCGAUGCACUUCUGGUCAGUGUAUCAGCUCCACUCUGGUGUGUAAUGGUGAUCAUGACUGCCAGGAGGAUGGUUUAGAUGAACAGCGUUGUGACCAGUUUAGCACAGCUGUGUGUAACUUGCAUAAGACUCCACCCAAUUCUGAUCUCACUGGAAAAGGGUUUGACGCGCUGACAGGCAAGCUAAAGGCUGGUGUUAUUAACACGCUCAGCUUUGGUGGCCAGUGCAGAAAAGUGUUUAGUGGGGACCAUCAAGACUUUUAUAGACUACCACAAAGUAUACUUAGAUACAGCUUUCAGGUGGCUGUUGACAAUGACUUUAGUGACGAGUUUUACAAAAGCUCAUGGGCCUACACAGACCAUGUAGAGGAACGAUAUAAAAUCCGAGGAGGCCAUGAUCACAAAACCUUCCACAAUGAACUGAAGCGGGACAAGGCCUACCAGCUUUUGAUUAUUAAAAAUGAGGUAGAAGUAGCUCAGUUCCAAAACAACAUCCCAGGGUACCUCCCACUCUCUGAGGAGUUUUGGAGAGCUCUAGCAGCUCUGCCUAGCACAUAUGAUCCAGCAGCAUACCGCUCACUUCUACAACUUUAUGGCACACACUACAUGGCUGAGGGCUCUUUGGGUGGAACGUACCAGGUCCUUCUGGAGUUUGACUCCCAGUUUAUGAGUCAGAUGAGUCAAACAGAUAUUGAUUUUCACAAGUGUGUCACACGUGUCAAAAGACGUCUGUUCCGAAAGAAAACAACAACCAAGUGUGAGAAACUAGUUCAGUCAAUUAAGAGCUACAAUGAACAAAGCAGCCAGACGUUGCCAGUAAAGACGAAUAUUAUUGGAGGGCAUGGUGCUUAUGUGGCUGGCUUAAGCCAGCUGGAUCUGGAGAAUCCUGAGAAAAACCUUGCCAUGUAUGCCAAAUGGGCUGGCUCAAUCAAGGACUUCCCUCAGGUUAUCAAAAAGAAGCUGAGGCCAAUCUAUGAGCUGGUGAAGGAGGUGUCAUGCGCGCAGUUAAAGAAGCUGCACCUGAAAAGGGCGCUGGAGGCCUAUCUUGAGGAGCAAAGCUCAUGCCACUGCAGGCCGUGCCACAACAAUGGCAGACCUGUGCUAAGUGAUGGAGUAUGUACCUGCGUGUGCAAACCUGAUACCAGUGGCACAUCCUGCCAGAACGGUCACGUGCUUGGAGAACAGCCAGGAGUGGUUGAUGGUGGUUGGAACUGCUGGUCAGCCUGGGGAACAUGUACCAAAGGUCAGAAAUCAAGGACUCGCACAUGUAAUAAUCCCACACCAAAAAAUGGAGGCAAGCAUUGUAUAGGCCCUAUGAUUGAGCACAAAGCCUGUGAAGACCCAGAUCUUGAACACUUAAGAUUUAUGGAGCCACAUUGCUUUGAUCCAUCCCUGACACCAGCAAAGUCCUGCAAGUUUCCACCUCCUCUACGAAAUGGAUUUGUUUUGAGCCCUAAAGACGUUUAUACAGUUGGCAGUAAGAUUGAAUACACUUGCAUUGAAGGAUAUUACCUUGUUGGAGAUCCUGUUGCUCAAUGUACUGAGAGCCUGAACUGGAGGAGAGGACAAAUAGAGUGCAAGAGAACUUCAUGUGAUGCUCCACAACUCUUGAAUCAUGUCAUCGCCUCACCCUUGAAGCAGGUGUAUUCGAUAGGAGAGGCUGUGUCCUUGUCAUGUCCCAGUGGCAUGCAGCCAGAGGGACAGCAGGAGAUACUUUGCCGUGCCAGUCUAAGCUGGUCUCCAAUACCAAACACUUUUAAAUGCAACCCAGUGGUCCAGUUGGAGUCAAUCCUAAACUGCAAGCCAUGGGAGAAAGCUGGACAAUCCCAGUGUGUGUGCAAAGUGCCUUAUGAAUGCGGGUCAUCUUUGCAAGUGUGUGCCACUGUGCGUCCUGGCCUGGUAAACCGGAUGGGUGUUUGCCAGCUUGGUGCCCUGCAGUGUCUAGGCAGGACAUUGUCCCUGCUCCAAGACAAUAUGUGUGAUUGGCCAGAAACCAAAUUCACAUCCUGUCAAGACUGCAAGCCAUGGGAGAAAUGCACUGGUGUGAAGUGUAAUUGUAAAGACCCAGAGGAUUGCCCAGAAGAACCUGCUCAUCUUUGUGUCUCUGUAGAGAAUGGCGACCAUAAGUCUAUGACAGAGUGUGAGGCUGGGGCUUGGAGGUGCUCGGGGAAAGACGUCAGAGUGAUAAACAUUGGAAAAUGUCAGAAUUGAACCAAUUCAGUAUAAUCAUGAUAUGAUACUUUUCUAAUUUAUUACUAAUAUUUAAAAUGCUUAGUGCCUUGACUUCUACAGUAGCUGCAAAUAAACCAUUUGUAUUGUACAGAGUAUUGGCAUUGUUAGUGUUAUGUAUUACUUACAUAACUUUAGAAUUUAAAUGACCAUUACACAAACACUGUGAUUUACUGUCAUUGUAACCAAGGACAGCCUACAUUAAAGUUCUACUGGUACUGGCA